UUUGUUUAAAUCGAGUGUUGUUGCAUUUUGUCAGUGUGAAAUAAACUUUCUGGUGAAAAGAAUUUUCUUAAGAAAGUCUAAAUUCUCGUACUCUUUAUGUUUAAUUGGUGCAAUAAAAUAAAUAUUUUUUUUAAAGUGCAAUGUGAAUCGAUUUGAUGGAUUAUAAACAUGUGGGUUAAGUGGAAAACUGUUUGACGGUCGAUUACUAAGUAUUACAUUCACGAAUGACAAUUAGAUUGUUGAUGUUUGAAUUUGAAAUAACGAAAAAUUCGAAGUGAAACUAUUAACGUUCUAUAACAUAUACAAUUUGGUUAUUACAAGUACAUUGUGUCUGUCCCAAAGAGGAUUACGUUUAACAUUAAAAAUGUUGAAAAAGAAAAUUCCACUAUGUGUAGCAAGUUAAUCAAUCAAGUGAUGAAAUGCCAUUUACUUUGUGAUCUAUAAUCCAAUUGAAAUUUCUAAAAUUUCCAAAAGAAAAUAAUAAAAAAAAAAUUGGGAAAAAUAAAUAACAAUGCAAGAAGUGUGCAGUUCGUUGGAUCCACAAAUUGGACCACACAUUAAAUCCGAAUCACCUUUAAUCAAUGUACCGCAACCGCCUCAACAAAUUUCAAAAAUGCCACCCAACUGUGAUAAACGAAUGGACCCGUCGUAUUGGAUCGGUUCGGAGAGUGGAUUUAUUAACUCACAGCCAUCGAUGGCCGAAUUUCUGACGCACCUCAGUCCCGAAAGUCCGAAACUCAAUAAUCAAGUAUGCCCCGUUUUACCGGAUGGUAUUGAUGGUGUGCCCGAAUAUCCUUGGAUGAAAGAAAAAAAGACCGCUCGUAAGAAUAACAGUCAAGGUGAGAUAAAGCUCUCGAUUAACGAUGGCGCUGAAUUCGUUGCGGAAAAUGGUUUACCACGGCGAUUACGUACCGCAUAUACAAAUACGCAGUUGCUUGAAUUGGAAAAGGAAUUUCAUUUUAAUAAAUAUUUAUGCCGACCAAGACGUAUUGAAAUAGCAGCUAGUCUAGAUUUAACCGAACGACAGGUAAAAGUCUGGUUCCAAAAUCGCCGCAUGAAACAUAAAAGGCAAACAUUAUCGAAGUCCGAAGAUGACGAGAAUAAAGACAGUCUCAAAGGCGAUGACGAUAGUCAGCAGUGUAGUACCAUCUUUCCAGAUUCCAGUUCGAAGAAGUCAUGUCAAGGAUGCGAACUACCCUCGGAUGAUGUUCCAGAUUCAACGUCUAAUUCUCGAGGCCAUAACAAUAAUACACCUAGCGCUACAAACAACAACUCGAAUAAUGGAAGCGUUACACCGAACUCAACGCUUGAUACAACUAUUACAACAAACACGAAUGGUAUCACCAACAUAAAUAUUAUAAGUGCAGACUCAAGUGUGGCUUCCAGCGUUAGCUUAGACGAAGAAGAGGAGAGCCCAACAAAAACUAAGAAAAAGGAGAAUCCACUCGUUCAAGUUGUGAAGAAAGAAUCGAUGCUGUCGAAGGACCAGUUCUACAACAAUAUGGAUAUGUAUAGACGUGACAGUGAUGCCGCACCAAUGAUCGGCGAUAAUUUGUCCGUUACGCCUAAUUAUUCGCAAUCGUCGCAUAAAUUUAACAAGAACAACGUCACAGCACAAGGUGUACACGACGGUUAUCAAACGCACGCUUAUUAUCGCAAUAAACAACCGGACUACUAUGGAAAAUACGAAGUUGAAUUUGCUCAUCAUCAAAAGACAUUAGGCGCGCCCACCCAAGCCGAAUAUCACUAUCAGAAAAACAAUUUUCCGCACGCUCGACCCGAUUUCCAUCAUCUAAAAGGUGAUUUCCAUGCGGUCAAACCGGAGCUUAACUAUAAAGUCCAUGAUGUCCACGGAAAAGCUCACAAUUUUCAUAGAAAUCAAAACUACUAUAACCAACACAAUGCAACCAAUCCUGCAACGCCACAAUAUCCGAAUCAAUAUUAUCACAAUGAAUACGAAGUGCCACCGAUUGGCAUCGAAUCGAACAACUUUUACGAUUCAAAGAACCAAACCAAUUACUAUGAGAAUGUCAACUACUAUCCGAACGAAUAUGCUGCCGAGGCGUAUGCACCACCAUCUGUUGACAAUUGUGAUAAUUACACUUAUCCGCAGUACUUUGAAACGGCUCAGCCGAAUCAAAUGGUUCAUGCCACCGCUAACACUACACAACCGAUUCCGACGAACCCGACACACAGCAGCCAACCGACAUCGGAGGCCACUUAUGCGCAAUGUUCGCCAUCGUAUUCCAGUAAUAAUACGAAUGGCAAUCAUAACAUAGGAAAUUUAGAAAACAAUUCGAAUAGUUCAUCCGAUUUCACAUUUUUGAGCAAUUUAGCUAAUGACUUCGCUCCCGAAUAUUACCAAUUAAUUUAGAAUUUAAAUUAAAAUGAAGAAGGAGGACGAAGAAGAAAACCAUUAAUUGUGGGUAAAAGUAGCUGUUUGUGUUCAGAAAACAGCAAAUUAGAUAAAUCAUGUAAUUUUUGGGGGCUACAUUUUGUUUUAAUCGACAUUCGCACGCAGCAUAGCAAAAUAAGCGAACACAAUGUUUUGAUCAUUGAAUUUUUUUCUAAAGUGGUUGAAUGAACGAUUUGUAAUCGAAAGUUUUUCUAGCCUUUCAUUAUUCGAUUUGACUCCAACCGAGAAAUUUUCAACGAGUCAGGUCUGAUUUAUCUUAAAGACAUUUUAUUGUGUCCAUGGGAUAAAAUACAGAUACAAACGAGAAUUUUAAUGAAUAGAAUGGUCGCUGUAUUCUACUUAUCGUUUCAUCGUCAUUUUGAAUCGUCAAAGUAUCAAAAUAGUUAUUUAUCUACCAAGGUAGGUAUGAAGGUAUUUUUUCGCACUAGAUGUCGAUUGUCGACCCGAGGCGAAGCAAUAUUAAAAUUCAUGUUACGGGCGGCUAUGUCGUAUGUCAUCCAUAAUCGAUAGAGGCUAAUGAGUUCUUUUAUAGAAAAAUAUGUGUUAAAACCGAUGAAGGAAUCGAUUUUUUGUGAAUCUGUUAAACAUACUUCGGAAACAUCGAAUCGAAAACAUUUUUGUAUUUUGAAGCGAAACCAAACUGUAGACCAAACUUAUUAAUAGAAAAAGUUAGAACGAAAAGUUUGAAAUGAUGAGACGAUGUCGUGGAUGAUGUCGUGGAUACGCAGAUAUCAAACCCAGACCGAAUUAAAUCGUAACGAAAUGUGGAAAUUUCAAUUUCAUAAAUAUUUUCGAAAGUGUUACUGUCUUUUACAUUCCAACGAGAAUAUGUGGAAGCUUUCACAGACGAAACGAGGAUCAUCACCAUAACUAUUGAGUCUACUACUACUUCCGCUUUGCUCAGAGCCACGCAAAAUCUUUUACUUCAUUAGUUUUUUUAUGGAUUUUGCUAUAGCCGUACGUAUUACUAUAAGUGCAUCGCUUGUUUUGUCAAUACUGUCGAUGACAUUGCUGUCUGAAUGUUAACCUUUUUCAAUUACAUGUCCACCACAAUCACACCAAAAACCACUUACGCUUUCUCAAUAAACUUCAAUGAUCCCUUGCUACAAAAUCGGUACAGUACAAUGCAGAACCUAUUUUAUAGAGAUCAGUUUCUUGAAAUAUCUCGAAUUUCUUGAAAGUUUUCUUUAAUUUAUCGAAAAUAGAAAUUCGAUAAAUUUUAAGAAAUAGAUUUCUCGACAAGACAAAAUAGGCCCUGGUAUAUUGCCGCGCUAAAAACAAAGAAUUUGUCUGGCAUUACCAUAGUCCACACUCCACAUCCACAUUGACCCAACAACAUCAACAUCAAACGUAAUUUCUCGUGCCACGAGAUUCCUCUAUUUUCCUCAAUUUUUUUUUUCGAAUUUGCCAUAAAUUUCCGUCGUCAAAACGAUGCUCGAUCCUAAUAAUUUGGCGUUACAAAUUAAAAAUUCAAUUUUUGUACAAUGUCCGCUUAUUUUGGUAUGUUAGUCACAUUGAAUGCCGGUAAAAAUGCACAGAUAAACUGUAUAAUCUCGAAUUAGUUUUAUUGCGUUGCAGUCGUUACAAUCGUUGCAGUGUACAUACAAUUACACAGUAAAUUAAGUCUUAAAAAAUGAAUGAGAAAACAAGAAAAGAAACUAAAAAUCAUUAUAAAAUUGAACAUAAAAAGAAAAUGAAAUUAUUACGACGAAAAUGAAACAGUUGAAUCCGGAAGAGAACAAACGGGAAGGAAAGACAUUUAAAUGAAAAAAAUAUUAAUUUCAACAAUAAAAAAAUUAUUAAAAAUAAAAAUCUAUGGAUAUUAAGCUUAAAAACAAAAACAAACAAAAAAAAUGGAAGAAACUUAUGCGAUUUAUUAUUUGAAGGAAAUGAUUUUCUUGUUUCAGUUUUUUUAUCACCAAUUAUUAAUUGUUCACGAUUCUAUUCUUUUUAUAAGUUACAAUUACAAAACAAAAUAAUUUUUAUGGUUAUUAUCUUAUUUACUUUCAGUAAGAAAAGAAAAGAAAAAAAAAAACAUUAGAAUUAGGUUAAAUGUGGUAAAAAGACACUUUUUAACCGGAUCUUAUUAUUGUUGUGA